AUGUCGUUCUUGAAGCAGCUACGCCGACGCUCUAAAGCUAGCUUCCAUACUGCGGCCGAGUCGAAAACUCCCUCGCAUCAGGUGGAAGUGGUAUCCGGAAAAUCCUCUUCAACGAUUGACACCUCGUCUCAUGCCUCUAUUACUCCGCCCUCAUCGAUCAAACCGACCCUCUCCUCUCCCAAUCUCCCCUCUUUGGUCGAGUCCAAUGACGGCAGCUCCAUUAGCACCCCGCUGGCUUCCCCUCCGCAACGACCGGGGCCUUUCGUGACCAAUUCACAGCGGAACAGCGUCGUGGGAAGCUCAUCUUCGUCGAUCAAUGGGGUAUACCGGUCACCGACCCCAAGCUCGCCUUAUGCGCCAAGAAUAAUUUCGAUCGCCGAUAACUCGUGGGUCCACCAAAAAGUCCUACUGAUCUAUGGCCAGAUUGGAGAUCCGCGACAGCAUCCAUUGGACGGAAGUAUCACCGUCUACCAUCACCAAGAUAACUUCCCGUCGAUCGGCUGGCCCGUCACGGCAUCCCAUUUCAAGACCCUCGUUCACCUUGCCCCCGGUCCCAAUCGCCUACGUUUCGAUUUCGUGUCGCCGAAGCUGUCUUCUGGAAGCACUCAACCGGUAAUCCACUCGACCUGGAUUUGCAUCAACUAUCUCCCCCUGGUCAAUUCCCCGCCAUUGCAUCUGGUCGUACUACUCGGCAAGGAUUCGGACGGAACAUAUGACGCAGUGCCCGAGCGAGUGGAGCGCGAAGGAAAUGGUCUGGAAACGGCACUGCGAAAGUAUCGAACGGCGGCGUAUCUAUGGCAAGCAUUCACGGGAGAGCAAAUGUUCCGCAACAAUCUGGGCCGGCGUUGCUUCCGCUUUGAGGAGGAAUGGCAGUCGGGCACUCUCAGUCGACGAGAUUCGGCCGUUCAACAGAUGCGCAACGAGGCUAAGAUUCACGUCAUCCGUACCGAGAAAACGGUAGCAGAGUUACGGGAUCUCAACAUCGCGCAGCAGUAUGAUGCGGCGAAGAAGAAGGACGAGUUGUUCAAUAUCGCCAAGGACGCUGUGCGCAAGCAUUUCAACCCACAACCCGGUCAAAAACAAUACGUUUCUGUCUUGUUGCUGGAUUCUCAUUGGGACACACAAGCUCAGACCAUUACCGGUCACGCUGCUCUAGGAUCAGGAGAUGAUGAUAUCAAGAUGGCGAUAUUCGGGUCCCACUGCCUUCAGAGCUACCCCUCUUGCCUUGAGGAGGUAGUCGAUGCAUUCUCAGACUGCACUCGGACGGACACCAACUACGUGGCUAACGACUGCGGCGAUGCUGGAUCUAACUGGGAGUCUGCAAACCUUGGAAUUGGAGCACACUUGCACGAAGUAGGACAUCUCUUUGGGUGCCCGCACCAAGAAUCUGGCGUCAUGCUUCGCGACUACGUGCGUCUGAAUCGUUCUUUCUUGAUUAAAGAGCCGUUCUGCACUCGCACCAAGACACAAGGCAUGAAGGUCUGUUUACCAAACGACGAGUGUGGGUGGCAUCGCUUGGAUGCGCUUCGUUUCCGCUUCCACCCUUGCUUCCGACUUCCCAGCGAUACUUCGGUGAGCAACGAUGAGAGUGUCCAGGUGUGGCCUGUGGAGAAUGGGAAGAUUCUGUUUACGGCCUCCUCUGGCAUUGCAUUUGUGGAGCUGUACGCCGAGGAUGAUAAUGUCUGCCACCAUUUCAUUGAAUACAUCAACAGCGAGUCCAGCGGCAACGGUUUGCCCAAGCAAGUCGCCAUCACCGAGACCGAGUUGAGGCAACAAGUGUUUGGCACGGAGAAGGAGAAGAAAAAGAAGAUCCGAAUGGUGGUCUUCUCCGGUAAUCUGGGAAGCUACACUGUGGAGGAUGUCAGCGCUCUCAAGUCCAAGAACUCACUGGUCAAGCUUCCCAAGAACCAGUCUGGCUACAAGAGUGGCCAGCUUGGGCGCUCUUCAAUGGAGGGCAGUGAGCCCGAGCAAUUACUCUUGGAAUGUGCCUUUAUCAAGACGAAGCUUUUGACGUCUAUUAAAGUAUAUCAUGGAUCUGCGGUGGAUGGCAUUGAGUUCUGCUACGAAGACAUGACCAGCCAACUAUUUGGCAAGCGUGGUGGGAAGCCCGGGGGAGAUGAGUUUGUACUCGAUACCCGCCGUGGCGAGAUUUUGCUUGGUUUCUACGUCCGAGCUGGACUCUGGAUUGAUGGAAUUGAGAUUCUCACCAGCCUAGGGAGAAAAUCUGGGAUCUAUGGUAAUGCCAAUGGCGGAUCAGGUCACACCUUGAUUCCACCUCUUGGUUAUAAGAUUGCUGGAGUCGCAGGCUCUAGUGGACCCUGGAUCGAUGGGUUCUCGCUCAUCAUUCAACACUGA